AUGAUACUGCAGCUCAUCUCCCUGGUGCUCUUGGCCGCUCUCCUCGUGGCUGUCCUUGUCAAAGGCUCUGAUGUUCCUACCUCCCAGGAGCAGGAGCAGGAGCAGGAGCAGGAGCAGGAGCAGGAGCAGGAGCAGGAGCAGGUAAAGCAACGCAUCCACCAGGAACUGGACCAACUGAAGGCUGGACUAGACCGCCUGUGCCGCCCCUGCCCCUGGGACUGGACUCUCUUCCAAGGAAACUGUUACUUCUUCUCCAAGUUCCAACAGAACUGGAAGGAAUCUGUCACCGCCUGCCAGGAAGGGGGGGCCCAACUUGUUGUCAUCAAGAGUCAUGAGGAGCAGAGCUUCCUGCAGCAGACCUCUAAGAAGAUAGGCAAUGCCUGGAUGGGGCUGUCGGACAUAAAACAGGAAGGGAAAUGGAUGUGGUUGGAUGGUUCACCACUGAAAUGGAGCCAAUAUUGGUCUCGAGGGGAGCCCAACAACGUUUACGAUGAAGACUGUGCAGACUUUUCAGAAAAUGGAUGGAAUGAUAACUCAUGUUCCUUAGAGAAAUUCUGGAUCUGCAAGAAGCCUGCAUCUCCCUGCUCUAGGUGA